GACAGAGACAGACAGAAACACGAGGGUUCACUGAGAAGACGUCUGAAAACAGCUCCAUCAUGGCAGCACCUGGCGUCUCUCGUUCUUCAGCAGCAGCGCUGUCCUUUGAGGAUUACUCUGUCUACGGUAACCUGAGUGAUGAUGAGCUCAUCCAGCUCGCCAUUGAGCGCAGUCUGACAGAAACCCAUGGAAACGCUGCAACCACCGAUGCUGUGAAUGCUCCAGCCGCUGCCAGUGCCAACACCAAUACCAUCACAGGUGCUGUUCUGAACACCAUAGGCAUCAGCACAUCCAAUCCUGAUGCCAGAGCCCCCUCAAGGUAUCCUCGUCGACUUGGUGUGACUACCACAAACCAGCCAAACCCGAACUCCCACAAUCCACCUCAGGAUCAGACCACAGCACACUACAGCUCCCCGAACCCCCCGAGUGAAAAGCCACCAGAUCCGAAAACGUUUGAUGGGAUAAUCAGUACCUUCAUGACGGGCUCAGGAAAGAAGAUGGUGGCAUAUCGCAAACAUGAUGGCAGUUUGGUCCACAUGUGUCCGGAGCCUGUAGAGGAGGAGGAGCCUCUGUUCAAAGCAAUUCGUGUUGGUGACGCUUCACAAGUAAGGGUGUUGGUGAUGCGUUCUGGAACAAAUCUAAUGCUGCCCAGUAAACCUGGCUGGCUUGCCAUUCACCAGGCGGCGUGGUUUGGCCAGGCCAAGUGUCUGAGAGUGCUUCUAUCAGCUCAGCCAGGGAUGAUCAACAAGCGGACAGAGCGCGGCGAGACAGCACUGAUUAUCGCUGCAGGCAGAAAUCAUCUUGCAUGUGUUGAGUUGCUGCUGGAAAAUGGAGCAGAUGUUGAUGCUACAAAUAAUGACCGAGAGACUCCUCUUUACAAAGCUUGUGAGAAGGACAGUCCCGCCAUGGUUGCAGCCUUAUUGAACUAUAAUGCAGCAGUCAACGUUCACUGUAUUCAUGGUUGGACCGCCCUCCAGGAGGCCGUGGGCCGGAACAAUGUGGAGAUCUGUGAGAUGUUGGUGAAGGCCGGAGCCAAACACAACCUAACCAACUCGUUCGGCAUCACGCCACUGUUCACUGCGGCUCAGGGUGGGCAGCUCGCAACGCUCCGCUUCCUUCUCAGACAUGGUGCUGACAUUAACAGUCAGGCUCCUGAUGGAGCCACUGCGUUGUAUGAAGCUGCUAAAAAUGGUCAUGAAAACGUCAUUGAGCUCCUCCUUUCUCAGAACGCUGAUGCCAACAAACCAGGAAAGAGAGGACUAUUACCUCUGCACAUUGCUGCUCAGAGAGGAAGUGAAACCAUUGUCAGCAUGUUGAUCCCGCCCACCAGCAAGGCCAGAAUCCGGCGGACUGGCAUCAGCCCACUCCAUCUUGCCGCAGAACGAAAUCGUGAUGAAGUCCUGGAGAUUUUGAUUGAGGCUGGUUUCGAUGUGAACCUUCAGCUGUCUGAGGAACGGUCAAGGUUGUACGAGGACCGACGCAGCACGGCGCUUUACUUCUCAGUUAUCAACAGCAACAUCGAUGCGGUGCUCAUGCUUCUAAAGGCUGGCGCCAACCCAAACCUGGAUGUGUUCAGGCCUCUGAUGGUGGCAGCGAGGAUGGGCUGCAUCCAAACCUUGACCCUUCUGGUAGAGCAUGGAGCAGAGAUCAACGCCUCCAUCCCCACACACCCCACCACGUUCCCCGCUGUCUACAUGUUCAGCAUGAAGUACCUGCCAAUGUUCAAGUACCUGCUGGACCAUGGAGGCCAUGCCCUCUCCUGCUUUGACUGUACCUAUGGACACAAACCUCACCCACCAAUCAAAACCUCCAGAUCACAGAGGGAUGAGCUGAUCUACGGGGACAGAAGUGUGGAACAGAGGCAGCAGAGCGCAGGUGUUCAGUUCUGUGAGAUGAUCUCAGUCCCUAGUAUCUGUCGGUGGGCGGGGCCAAUCAUUGAUGUCCUGUUGGACUACGUUGGUAAUGUAACCCUCUGCUCUCGACUGAUGGAACACCUGGACAGUUACUCUGAGUGGAGCGUCAUCAAAGACAAAGCAGCACCUCCUCGGCCAUUACUUCAGCUCUGUCGUCUUUGUAUCGUGCAGUUGGUUGGGCAGCGUCGUCUGAAGAAGCUUCCGCUGCCUGGCACUCUGAUUCGCUUUCUGAUGCACAUAGACGUAACAGAUGAGGACUCGUGAAUAAAAUCUCACUUUUAGAGUGCCUGUGAAUGAACUGAUGGGGGAGGAUGGCUAAUUUUAAACAGUUUUGAUUCCUCAUUAGAUGGUUACCUGUCUUUUGACUCAACUAUUUUUUAUUACAUUCAUAUUUGUGUUCUUGUCUUCAACAUUGAUAAUAUGUGUUUAUAGAAAAAUGUUUGUGCUCUGACUUCCUGGUUAAUCACUAAAAAUGUAGAGAGGUGACUGUUUCCAUAUGCCAUAUAUAACCAACUUCUGUAUUUGACCGAGAAUGGCAGUGGUGACAGGCAGGAGAAAAAUGAACACUCAGGGACAAGAGCCCUAAUCUCAAUUUUGGCCCUAUGCUUUACUGAUAUGUUACAUUUAGUUACUAAUGUUACCCAACAGCAUUUUCACCAGUAACAGACCCAAGUUUUGCACAUGCAAGCUCCAUUUACAACACUGAUACUGCCAGCACUACCACAUUGCCCCAGGCGGCACAAACGGACAGAACAACUGUUCCUGGUGCCAACAUUACACAUGAAAAAGAACAGGGUUGUGGAGGUUGUUGCUGAUGUCACUAACAGUAGAUGGUGAUACCUUGACUCCUGUCCUCUGGAGGUCGUUGCUGAUGUCACUAACAUAAGAUGGUGGUACCUUGACUCCUGUCCUCUGGAGGUCGUUGCUGAUGUCACUAACAUAAGAUGGUGAUACCUUGACUCCUAUCCUCUGGAGGUCGUUGCUGAUGUCACUAACAUAAGAUGGUGAUACCUUGACUCCUGUCCUCUGGAGGUUGUUGCUGAUGUCACUAACAUAAGAUGGUGAUACCUUGACUCCUGUCCUCUGGAGGUUGUUGCUGAUGUCACUAACAUAAGAUGGUGAUACCUUGACUCCUAUCCUCUGGAGGUUGUUGCUGAUGUCACUAACAAUUGUUUUAGGCUCUUUUUUUAUAGCUCUCACAAUUUUUCUGUCAUCAACUGUUUUUUUCGUCUUGGUCUCGUUGUGUAUUGGGCCCCUUCUUUUUCAGUCUAAGCGAAUGUGAAAAAUCUUGGAGUGAUUUUUGACCAAUGUUUUUGAGCAACGUAUAUCAAAUUAUUGACCUGUUCAUGUUUCUGUCAUUUAGGAAAUAUAGCUAAAUUGAAUUCUGUUGUCUCACAAGCCGAGUUAGAAAUGUGAAUUCAUGCUUUCAUCUCUUCAUGUCUAGAUUAUUGUAAUUCCCUCUUUACCUGCCUCAGUAAAUCCUCUCUUGACAGCUUACAGUUGAUACAGAAUGCUGCUGCUAGACUAUUAACCAGGUCCAGCAGAUCAACUCACAUGACACCCAUUUUAGAUCCUCUACACUGGAUUCCAGUGAAAUUCAGAACUCACUUUAAGGCUCUUGUUUUUGUUUAUAAAGCUUUUCAUAAUCAGGCACCUGAAUAUAUAGCUGACCUGCUUCAUCCCUGCAUCCCCAGCAGAACCCUAAAGUCCUAAGAUCACGGUCUACUUGUUGCCCCCUGGGGUCCAACUUAAAACCAAAGGGGAUCGAGCCUUUGAGGUUGUGGCCCCGACACUUUGGAACUCUCUUCCUUUUAGCUUACACUGUGCUGCUUCAACUGAGAUUUUUAAAAAGCGGCUAAAACAAAUCUCUUUAAACUGGCUUUGAUUAACUGAUGUAAUGUUGUAUACUUGUACUAAAACUUUUAUUCUUGCUCUUUGUAUGCAUUUUUGCUGUUUUAUCAUUUUGUUUUGUGACACACUUCAUGACUUGCUCUG